AUGGCGGAGGGAAGCAACAAUCUACAACUCCGAGUCGCGACGACCCCCGCGAUAGCCGAUUUGAGCCCCGGAAACUCGACAUUUCCCGCCUCGGCCACAUCGGAUGUCCCCUCGGGCUCGACUCAUAGUCUGCACGAUGUUCGAAAUACCAAACGCGCAGUCAUUGGUGGCUCUCAUUCGACCUUGAAUUCCCCGGACGAGAGGACCGAGUCAAGUGCUAUAGAUCCGCUAUCGCAGCACAUUAUCCAACGCACCAAUACCCAAAAGUCCAUUCCCCUGAAGUUACUGGGAAAAGCGUCAUACGAAGCAGAGGCUGUGGGCUCCGAGUACGGCCAGGGAGACCGAAGCCCGAUACGAGGAGAUGCAUUGCCUACCUCGAAACAUCCUAGAGAGAAGAAAAAAGGUGUUUCCUUCCUCAGCCGAAUCAUCGGAGGCAAGAAAAAAGAUCAGUUGUUGGAGGUAGAAGAUGAGACCUCGGAAUCUGAAACGCCCCGCAUGUCCAUGGACACCUCACAUCAUCCAAUUGGAUUCAUACCUCGACACCCUGCUCCGUCGAAAUAUCUGAAGGUGCGAGCCCAGUACAAAAAAGAGAAGACGUUCGACCGCGUGUUUCUAGCACAGGAACUGGAGGGCAGCGGCCCAUCGCCCAAACCCGCAGAUAGACGGAUAUCUACGUCCUCGGCCUUGCUACAGAAUGGCGACAACAUCGGAAGGGCCGUCUGGGCACUCGUAUUCUCUAAAGAUGGUAAAUAUCUGGCGGCUGCUGGCCAGGACCGGAAGGUCCGAGUAUGGACUGUUAUCGCUACACCGGAGGAGCGCGAGGAUGCCAAUGAGCACGAAAAGGCAACACCCGUAGAUGCACAAGACGAUUCCGGCCUGAAGGCACCUGUGUUCCAGCCGGAGCCCGCCCAGGUGUAUGAGGGACACACGGGAAGUAUCCUAGACCUGAGCUGGAGUAAAAAUAACUUCAUUCUCUCCUCGUCAAUGGACAAAACAGUGCGACUGUGGCAUAUCUCUCGACCGGAAUGUCUUUGCUGUUUCCAGCACAGUGACUUUGUGACUUCGAUCCAAUUCCACCCGCGUGACGACCGCUUUUUCCUCGCUGGAUCUCUCGAUACGAAACUGCGACUCUGGAGUAUACCCGAUAAGAGCGUGGCUUUUGUGACUACUGUGCCUGAUAUGAUUACUGCUGUGGCAUUCACUCCAGACGGCCGAUACUCCAUUGCCGGAUGUUUGAAUGGCAUGCUUAACAUCUAUGACACUGAGGGCCUAAAGGUAUCAGCCCAGAUUCAUGUACGAUCGGCCCGUGGACGCAACGCCAAAGGUAGUAAAAUCACUGGAGUCGAUACGAUAAUGGUUCCCAAGGACAACCCUAAGGAUGAUGACGAUGGUGAUAUCAAGUUACUGGUUACUAGCAACGACUCCCGCAUCAGGCUGUACGACUUCAAUGAUCGAUCGUUGCAGGCUAAAUUCCGCGGCAACGAGAACACCUGCAGCCAAAUUAGAGCUUCAUUCACCAAUGAUGGCAAGUAUAUCAUAUGUGGGAGUGAGGAUCGCAGGGCAUACGUGUGGCCAGUUGGGCCUGUGCAACAGGAUUCCGAAAAGCAGGCUGUGGAGAUAUUUGAGACACAGUCUGCCAUGGUAACAGCUGCAAUAAUGGCACCCAACCAAACGAAAGAGGUCCUGGCGCUAUCAGAAGACCCAAUCUACGACAUCUGCAAUCCGCCCCCGGUAGCCCUUAUUGGUCCGGAGUCAACAGACUUUUCAAAGAAAUCCCAUAAACACUCUGAAUCAGCACCUCGCCUAUCCAUCAUCAGCAAAAUGGCCCACGCCUCACCCUCGUACCUCGCACGAUCCAAGCAUCCAGACGGAGAGAUAAUCGUGGUUGCCGACUACUCCGGCAAGAUCAAAGUUCUCCGGCAAGACUGCGCGUAUCAAAAACGACGCUUCGAGAAUUGGAACGCCAACUCCACCAUCUCACGACGGAUCCUAAGACGCUCCAAUUCGGCACGCCGUAGCAUCGCCUCCUCAAUCGGAAAGGAAUCCUCCCACAAAACUCCAUCCGAGCGCAUCGUCUCAUGGCGCAACUCCGUCGUCCGCCACGGCCGCUCCAGCACAGAUGGCUCCCGCACCGACUUCCGAACCCGUACCCCAUCCCCCCAGAACCGCCCAUCCCUUUCCAGACUAGCAUCGCCCCGGCCUUCAAGCCUCAGCCGGAACGAAUCAUUGUCCAUCUUCACUACAUCUCCACCCCCAUCACCAGGCCGACCACACCCCGACAGCAAUCGCACAAGCGAAGAUGUCAGCCAUGCAAAUGCCUCAAACUCCAAGCCGCAACCACCACCCCAACCCCACUUGAAAUUCGCCCCGGCAGACCUAGCUGCGACUGAUUCACAAGACAACCCACUCUGGAUACAGGGUGACCGCAGCUACGCGUACUGGAACAAGAUCACGCACGAUGCACUGGCCAUGCAGUCCCGGAAACCGAGUGACUUCCUCAGUCCGAAUCGAAUCCCGUCGCAUGAGCGCAGGCUGAGUAUUUCAGGAGGUAGUAUCUUGAGUAGUAACUAUUCCUCUUCGAUGGGUGAUGGAGAGGAAGACGUGCUCAAAUGUGAAAACUGUCGUGGGACAAGUUUCCGCAGUGUUAAGGGGAGGGAUGGGAAACAGAAGCUGAUUUGUUCGGAGUGCCAUCGGCCCAUUUCUUGA